ACUAGAGAUGCAACUUUCCUUGAGGAUUCAAAUAAGCCUAUGACCCUAAUCACAAAAUGUCUACAUUGUUCAUGUGUCGACAUACACGGAACAACAUACUGUACGUAAAGAGCUGGAAGAGGAGACACCAAUUUGUAGUUAGCACAGUCACUUCCUGUGGGCGAGGUUGUGACAGCUUGAAACCAGAAUUCUGUGUUGAGAUACAGCACUGCAGUUCAACAUAUUUCAUAUAUAACAAGGUCCCAGUUGGAUGAGAGAGCCCAUGGAUUACAAAUUCCUGAUAUUUCUUCAUAUCUGCGGUUUCAAGCUUCUAUUAACUCAAAGUGGAAGCAUUUCUCAGAAGCAGAGUGGCGCAGUGUGGCUGUGAAGAUGGGACACGCUUUGCGCUGUGUGCUGGCGUUACUCUCACUGAAUAUACUCUAUUGUGGACAUGCUCAAGAUGCUGUGCUGAACAUUGAGCCGAACUGGUCCACUUUCUUUACCGGAGAGUCUGUUACCUUCAUGUGUGGCGUUACGGGAGUAAAAGACCCCAACUCGUAUUACAAAAUCUAUAAGGCUGAUCAACAAGAUUGUCGACUUACACCAAAAACGAGAACUGAUUUACUAAAACAAGGAACCAUUUGUGUUACAGACAAAGACGUGAUUGUGGAAACACCUGCAUCUACCUUGUUUGAAGGAGAACCAGUGACUCUGCGCUGUAGGCAUCGUACCCCGAGAGAGGGGCAGGAUGCCGUCUUCUACAGAGACGGAUCACCUAUUGAAGUGGACACAAACCAUCAGUCACCCAUGAGAUCAACAAACACAGUUCAAGUGACGUCAGAUCGGAGCUCUUACAUGUGUAAAUUUGAGGACGAAGAAUCUGAAGCAAUAACUCUGAAAAUGGAACCACAACCAAAGGCCCAACUGAGCCAAGACGAUCAUGUCGGGGGCAACGUGACCCUGACCUGCUCUGUGAAGACAUCAUCUUCAUCUGGUUGGAAAUACUUCUGGUACAGAGGCAAGAAAGCCUCUGAAGCCCUGACCACACAGGGUGUGGUCUUCCACUCAGAUGCAAAGAUCAGUGUCUCAGAAGGAGGACUCUACUGGUGCAGAGGAGGAACAGGAGACCCCGUUUACUACACAGAGUACAGCCAUUCAGCCGUCACAAACAAGGCUGUUGUGACCCGACGACCCAACUGGCCUGAAAUAUACAGAGGAGAGACGGUCACUCUGACAUGUGACAUUAAGGACGGAGGAGACACUGAGUGGGAGUAUAGCUGGACAACAUCCAGUAGCAUCCACACCACCAAGACACAUGAAUACAUGAUCAGUAAUGCUCAGUCAUCACACAGUGGAGACUACAGGUGUAUGGGCACACUGAAAGGUGAAACGUCUACAAAGUGGAGUGAUGCAAUAAUACUGAGAGUAUCUGACAAUAAACCUCUGCCAGUCCUCACUGUGUCUCUGUCAUGGCUGAGCCCUGGAGCCUCAGUAACUCUGACCUGCAGUGUUGAACAUCCAGCUGCAGGAUGGAGGUACGACUGGUAUAAGGCUGUUCCCAAACUGUCAGACAACUCCUACAGCUAUGAGCUGCUACCUGGCAGCAGCACUGGGACUGAACAGGAUUCCUACAUCGUUCAUGGACAGACACACACAGCAGGAUAUGUGUGCAGAGCUGGAAGAGGAGAUCCAGUGUAUUACACUCAAUACAGUCAACCGAAGUUUGUCCAGUCUGGAGUCACAAACAAGGCUGUUGUGACCCGACGACCCAACUGGCCUGAAAUAUACAGAGGAGAGACGGUCACUCUGACAUGUGACAUUAAGGACGGAGGAGACACUGAGUGGGAGUAUAGCUGGACAACAUCCAGUAGCAUCACACCACCAAGAACACAUGAAUACAUGAUUAGUAAUGCUGAGUCAUCACACAGUGGAGACUACAGGUGUAAGGGCACACUGAAAGGUGAAAGGUCUACAAAGUGGAGUGAUGCAAUAAUACUGAGAGUAUCUGACAAUAAACCUCUGACAGUCCUCACUGUGUCUCUGUCAUGGCUGAGCCCUGGAGCCUCAGUAACUCUGACCUGCAGUGUUGAACCUCCAGCUGCAGGAUGGAGGUACUACUGGUAUAAGGUUGUUCCCAAACUGUCAGACAACUCCUACAGCUCUGAGCUGCUACCUGGCAGCAGCACUGGGACUGAACAGGAUUCCUACAUCGUUCAUGGACAGACACACACAGCAGGAUAUGUGUGCAGAGCUGGAAGAGGAGAUCCAGUGUAUUACACUCAAUACAGUCAACCGAAGUUUGUCUGGUCUGGAGAUGUUCAUUCAGCAGCGUCUCUCUCAGUGAGUCCUGACAGACUGCAGCACUUCACCGAUACGUCUGUGUCACUGAGCUGUGAGGGAAACUCUACUGAGUGGAGCGUGAACAGGUUCUCAGAAUAUGGCAACCGGGUUACCUGUUCAGUGUGGGGGACAAUGACUGGAUCCACAUGCAACAUGAACCGUUACUGGACUAGUGGAGUUUACUGGUGUGAGUCUGAAACAGGACAGUUCAGCAAUGCAGUCAACAUCAGUACAGUACUCUCUGACGGUGUUAUCCUGGUGAGCCCUGUCCGUCCUGUGGCUGAGGGAGAUUCUGUCACUCUUGGCUGCAAGUUGAAGACAGAAAAAGUUCUUUAUAAUGUGGAUUUCUAUAAAAAUGGCAAACUCAUCCAAAAUAAUACCAAAGGGGAGCUGACUAUCUCUGCAGUUUCAAAGUCAGAUGAAGGCUUUUAUAAAUGUAAAGGCCUUAAAUCUAAAGAUUCACAACACAGUUGGACAGUUGGACGUCACCAGAGAGUUGGAUGUCAGUAACAUCAGCAGCGUCCGGGCCUGUAGAAAGCUCUCCGUCUCCUGUGCUGUGGAUCGUUGGGCUGCUUUGUGGAGUUUCUUUUCUGAUCAUGUUCCUGCUGUUUCUGUAUCGCUGCAGAAAGUCAAACGAUUCAUGCUUUACCAGGUCUCAGAGCACCAAUCAGGGCCCUGCUACAGACCACAUGAUCAACCAGGGAGAAACUCAAUAUGCUUCUGUUCACCACGAUAACACUUGUCUCUAUGAAUCAAUCAAAGCCCCUACAGAACCUGAACAUGAUGAAUCCAGAGAUGUCACAUAUUCUGUGGUUGAGCUCAAAAACAUGAAGGUGAAGAAUAACGAACCACAGGACAGCGUUUACUCCACUGUGAAGAUCACGUCUGCUGCAGGGAAGUCGAGUCCUGCACCAGCGGAUGAAACUGUUUAUUCUGAAGUGAAACCAGGAACCGCUCGUGGUAAUAAUGCAGCGUAGCAUCAUACUAAACACACAUCUGUGUGGUCAAAACCAAUGGAAUGGACAACAACAUGAACAAUUAAAUAUAUUUUUAAACCGUUUUUGCAGCUUUUAUAUAAUCCCUGUGCACCUCUGCUAUCUCGAAUAUCAGACAUUACUUUGUACAGUUCAUCUCAUAGUAUCAUCAUUAAAAAGAAAGACAUCAUAGCUUUAAUCUUCUGUAUUUUAAAAAGUGUUGACUAUUUUAUGCAUCAAUAAACUUUCCCAGCAGCA